AUGCCCGCCGAGGAGGAGCCCCCGAACCCUCCGCCCCCGCUCGAGCCGUCCGGAUCGGAGGCUCCCCCCGACGACCCCGUCCCCGCCCCCGCCCCUCCCCCGCCUCCGGCCCUCCCAACCCCGGCCGCCCCAGCCACCGAAGCCGCGGCGCCCGCCUCCGUACCCCUACCCCCACCCGCCGCGGUGUGGACGGCCGUGUCGCCGCCGGCGGAGGCCAACGGGAACUCCGACAGGAAGAAAAAGCGGAGGGCGGACGACGCUGACGGGUGCAGGACGUGCAGCUGCAAGAAGUCCAGGUGCCUCAAGCUUUACUGUGUGUGUUUUGCUUCGGGAUCACAUUGCUCUGAAUUAUGUGGAUGUGAGCCAUGUUACAACAAGCCUGUUCAUGGCGUUCCACGGAAUGCACCAGGCUUGCCUUUGCAGGUUGUUCGACCAGCAGAGGUUGGCCAAGAUACAGCGGAACAACUUAUAAGAUCUCCAAUGGACAUUUUUAGAAGAAAAUGCACGUGCAAAAAGUCAAGCUGUCUUAAGAAAUACUGUGACUGCUAUCAGGGAGGAGCAGGAUGCUCCAUCAACUGUAAAUGUGAUGAUUGUAAAAACCCGUAUGGAAGAAAAGUUGGUGUUAUUAUGGAUAGUCGAAGUAUUCUUACCGCACCUGCAGCUAAUGAAAGGAAUGGAACAGAACUUGACUCAAGUGAUGAUGAUGACGAUGAAGAUGAUUAUUACAUGAAUCGCCCACUGUCACCUAUCCCCCCAUCUCCAGUAUCCAGAGAGUCUUCAUUCCAACAGGAUACUCUGGUGGGCGUGGAAGUUCAUACUAUGAACGGGCACCUGUACCCGAAACCGCUGACCCAGGUGCGGCCAGAGUCAUGGCCGCUCUCCAGGAGGCCUGCUGAGGAAUCACGGGGAGAGCAAUGGCGGUUCUCGAGGAGGCCCAGUGAGGACGGGACAUCUGACGUCAUGGAUGGGCACACUGACCACUCCAAGUUUCAUAGGGAGAACAACAGCAAGCAGCCGGAGAGCCAUGUUGACAACAGGUACAGCAUCACGCGGUGCAUCGAGGUGAUGAAUGGCAUGGCGGAGCUGUCACCGGUCGAGAAAUCGCUCGCACCGGACGUCUUCUUGGACGCGAGCAGCCGGGAGAUUUUCCUCUCGCUGAGUGUAGAUAUCCGGACCAUGUGGCUGAAGCGCAAGAUGAGGAGCCUUGUGUAGUAGAGAGAUAGUAGCACCACAGCGAUUUUUCUCCGGCGUACAACCUAAAAUAAGUAUGUGAUUGUACUGUAGAUAUAUGGCUAGUCUUGUUAUGAUUUAUUAUUGAUGUAUCUAGCACUUGACUGAUUUAUUUAUGGUGAAGCUAUAUUGAUGCCCAUUGUGUUUAGCA